AAACAAUAAGAAUUUAUCGACAAAUUUGAAUUAUUUGAAUUUCAUUAUUUAUUGAUAAUCAAUUAAUAAUCAUCAUCAUAUUAAGUCAUAUAAGGUUAUUUUAAGAAAUUUAAAGAAAUUCUCUUCCCCCCGAAAAAAAAAAAAAAAAAAAAUUUUAAGACCAUUCCUUUGAUAUAAUAAUAACAAUAAGUAAUAUUUUUCCCGGAUAUUUUAAAUAAUUAGUAAGUAUGGCAAAAAAAAAUUAUGGCUGAAUGAAAAAAAGCAAGGGUUUUAUUUAUAAGUUUAUAUAUAAGUUUAUAUAUAUGUUUAUAUAUAUGUUUAUAUAUAAGGGGGUGAUCUAUUUAUUACACAUAUUCCGCAGUAGAACAAUUUUGUUUAACGAACGAAACUUUAGUGAACUGUCAUUUGUAGCUCAUCUCCUUAUUUAUCAUAUUACGCUAUUAUUAUAAGCUAUUAUAUCUGAUAUAAAUAGAUACGAUUGAUUAUAUCCUUUAUAUCCAACAAAGCAACCAAUUAGUUUCAGCGCUUUCUGUUGUAAAA